UUUUAAUCGCAUUUAUAAUCCCGAGAAGACGAAGAGAAACGGAACAAACAACAAUCACAGAGAGAGCUAUGGCGUUACGAAACAAGAGGUUAGCGACACUUCUCUUCUCCAUUCCCGGAAACUCUCGGGUCUGCAAUUCCGGUGGGUUUCAUCACGGCUCGGAUCGGAUCGCGAGAACCGGGGCAUUGCUCAGCCGCUGGAUCUCCUCUGCUUCGUCAUCUUCCGCUGUUGUGGCGGAGGAUGAAUCUGGAGGGAUUUACGGAUUGGGAAGUGUAUUGAAGGAGUACGAAGAUUACAGGAGAUCGCUCUACGGCGAGUUCACGCACAAGGCUUUGCUCGUCGACGCCGUUGGUACUCUCCUUGUUCCCGCCCAACCCACUGCACAGAUAUACAGGGAUAUUGGAGAGAAGUAUGGAGUUGAGUACUCGGAGGCUGAGAUACUUACUAGAUACAGAAGAGCUUAUCAGAAACCAUGGGGCGGAUCUCAUCUCAGAUAUGUAAACGACGCGAGACCUUUCUGGCAAUAUAUAGUGAGUGCAUCGACAGGCUGUUCGGAUUCUCACUACUUUGAAGAGCUUUACAACUAUUUUACUACAGAACAGGCGUGGAAGCUAUGUGAUCCAGAGGCAGAGAAAGUGUUCAAGGCCAUUAAAGAAGCGGGUGUAAAAGUUGCCAUUGUGUCCAACUUCGACACUCGAUUAAGACCUCUCCUACGAGCACUGAGAUGUGAAGACUGGUUUGAUGCUGUGGCUGUUUCAGCAGAAGUUGAAGCGGAGAAACCAAACCCAACUAUCUUCUUGAAAGCUUGUGAAUUGUUAGGAGUUAAUCCAGAGGAUGCGGUUCAUGUAGGAGAUGACCGUAGGAAUGAUGUAUGGGGCGCUAGAGACGCAGGCUGUGACGCUUGGCUCUGGGGAAGUGAAGUUACUUCAUUUAAACAGGUUGCUCAUCGGAUAGGAGUGAAGGUUUGAAGCAAAGCAUAUGGGAGAAAUGGAUGGGAGAAAUGGAUGGGAGAAAUGGUUCAGACAUCAUUGUGAGGCGGCUUCAGUUUUAGCUCUUUUUUUUUUUUUGUGAGCAGUUUUGUACAUUUGAUUAAUCUUUUGUAGUAUAAUGUGUGUAAUAUAUGUUGCCGACCUGCCGCGUAUGUAAAAAACCAGAAAAUAAUCUCAUAUAUAUAAAAUAAAGAUCAAUAAGGUUUCAUGAUCGUUUAUUGGAA